AUCCUGAUCCUCGCCUUUUUCCCCUCACUCAUCGGACCCCUGAUCUACUCUCCCCUAACCCUACUCUCUUACUCUUGCAAACUACUGCCUUGGUCCACCCCACCACCACCGCCCUCUUCAGUCCCACAACAACAAGCAAUCAUGUCCUGGACGCAAAAACAAUUUACUCUUCCCGCAAAGAGCAGAGGCAGUUACCUCAUCACCGACACCGUGCUGGANAAAGUGCCAGAGAUCAAAGACUACAAAGUCGGCAUCCUGCAGCUGUUUGUGCAGCACACCUCUUGCGCAUUGAGUUUGAAUGAGAAUUGGGAUGAGGAUGUUCGCGAUGACAUGUCUGACGCCCUCGACCGCAUCGCCCCCGAAGACCGCAAAGGAAAUCUGUACCGUCACUCGGCGGAAGGAUUGGAUGAUAUGCCUGCACACAUCAAGUCUGCGUUGAUUGGCGCUAGUGUGUCCAUCCCCAUCACAAACGGCAAAUUGAACACGGGAACCUGGCAGGGAGUGUGGUUUUUGGAGUUUAGGGCUAGCAAGCAUCAAAGGAAGGUUGUUGCUACCAUUCAGGGCGAGAAGGCU